AUAUUUGAGCGAACAAUUGUUUUCGAUAACGUCAUCAUCAGGCUCUACAGUCAUAAGUCCAUAAUUAUUGUGAUAUUUUACAAAGGUCGAAAUAAGUCAUGCAUUAAUGAGUUCGGCAAUGUUAUAUGUCAAAAAGGGCGAACCUUUGCAUCUGUUAUAGUAUAAAUACUCCAAAAUUGUGUUAUUUGUAAAUUAGUAGGUCAUUUAAUAAGGGUCAGAAUGAUUUGCAGUAAAGUGUCAAGUCACUAUCAAUAUAAUAUAACGAAAUAAAAAAUCGUGUGAGUAAAAUGCAUAGUAUAAGAAUUUAGUCUUGUUACUCGAGGUAGUAAUAAUAAUAUGAACAUUGUGUGAAUAUAAUUUGUAAUAAGAGAGGUGUUAUCAAGGCAGUUGCAAUGAAAAGAAAUUCGUGUGAAUUGGGACAAAUGAUUGUGAAGUUUAUGAAAGAUGUAAACACAAAAGGAAGUGGGAAGAGGAAUAAGAGGUUUAUAAUAUCCAAUAUAGGUAUCCGGUGAUCCAGUCGCGGAGCAAAGUAAACAUAGAUGCUUCAUAUACUCCUGUACACAUAAGUUCAGUUUUUGGAGUUGAUCCACAUGGAUUCAGCGAUGUAGAGUAGCCGUUAUCUAGCUCUUUUAGGUAGAUUAUUUGGAACUUGGUAUAAAAAAAGAGAAAGCUCCAUCUAUUUUGAUAUGAUGCUUACCGUCCACCAAAUGAGAAAGAAUGGCGCUGUUAAUCGAUAUAGAUUACAUGUAACUUGGCAGCGUGAAACGUCCUAUCAGCAGAUCUUUUGAGUUGACGUGUUAAAAUAUCACCCGCUAUGUCCCAUUUAAAGCUCACUUUCAGAUAAUGGAGGUUUUUACUGGCCGUGUCAGUUUGAUCUUUUUUCAUUACCUCUAAUGGAAAAUUCCUAACGUAAUUACCUGGAUAGUUGUUGUUCCGUAGUGUGUUCUUUUGAUUAUCUACUUCUUUAUCUACACUAUCUUCAGAGAAUAGUAGUUUAAUUCUGUGGUUGAGACAUUUAACCAAAUUUAUUUUGUAUUAAAAAGCUGUAAAGCUAUAAAAAUAGAUAUACUGACCUGUUCAUGUAUUAUUUCCAAAUACAUUACUUCCCAUGGAACCGCCUAUCCUUCUAAAAAGUAGGACAUCGAGGAAAGCUAUACCAUUGUCGUUCUCUUCUUCCUGGUGAAUUUAUUAACUGAGAGGACGUUAUUGAAACAGUUCUUAUUUGUUGAUACUUUCGUAGCUACCUCUCUUAUUACAAAUUAUAUUCACACAAUGUUCAUAUUAUUAUUACUACCUCGAGUAACAAGACUAAAUUCUUAUACUAUGCAUUUUACUCACACGAUUUUUUAUUUCGUUAUAUUAUAUUGAUAGUGACUUGACACUUUACUGCAAAUCAUUCUGACCCUUAUUAAAUGACCUACUAAUUUACAAAUAACACAAUUUUGGAGUAUUUAUACUAUAACAGAUGCAAAGGUUCGCCCUUUUUGACAUAUAACAUUGCCGAACUCAUUAAUGCAUGACUUAUUUCGACCUUUGUAAAAUAUCACAAUAAUUAUGGACUUAUGACUGUAGAGCCUGAUGAUGACGUUAUCGAAAACAAUUGUUCGCUUAAAUAUUCUUUGUUUUUAAAUAUUUUGCAAACGUGGUUCCCGCUCUGUAUUUGGAAUUGUCAUCGGUGUUCUGUUGUGAAAGUGUAACUAAGAAGGUCAAGCGACACGUAUCAGGAGUGUGUAGUAUCAUCCACUCAAUCACAUUUGGAGGAUCUCGUAGCCUUCUCUAUAAAUAUGAAAUAGUUAGGUAUUUUGCUUCCUUCGGUUUUGGUAUGUUAAAUAUGAUUUAUAGAAUUCUAGCAGUACGAUAUUUUAGUUUUGUUUAAUUUGAUUUUUCAGGGUCCAGUCAUGGUUACAGAAUGCUUGAAACCUUAUGCGUCACAUAUUCGGGUACAUUUUGUUUCAAAUAUAGAUGGAACACACAUUGCGGAAACAUUAAAGAAAGUAAAUUCAGAGACAGUUCUGUUUAUCAUCGCCUCCAAGACCUUCACUACCAUUGAAACGAUGACCAAUGCUAACUCUGCCAAAGAAUGGUUCUUAGAACAUGCGAAAAAUGUUUCUCACGUGGCCAAGCACUUUGUCGCCUUAUCAACUAAUGCAACAGAAGUCUGCAAAUUUGGCAUAGCACCGGAAAACAUGUUUGAGUUUUGGGAUUGGGUUGGAGGUCGUUACUCAUUAUGGUCUGCCAUAGGUUUAUCUAUAGCUCUUUACGUAGGUAUGGAGAAUUUCAUUAAAUUGUUGGAAGGAGCUCAUGAAAUGGAUAAACAUUUCAAAGAAACGCCAUUACAUAAAAACCUUCCUGUCAUCCUAGCUGUGUUAGGUGUAAUGUAUAUCAAUAUUUAUGGGGCAGAAACUCAAGCAAUUCUACCAUAUGAUCAAUAUAUGUCACGCUUUGCUGCAUAUUUCCAACAAGGUGAUAUGGAAUCGAAUGGAAAGUUUGUUAGACGUGAUGGUAAAGAAGUUGAUUAUUCCACUGGUCCCAUAGUUUGGGGUGAACCAGGAACAAAUGGUCAACAUGCAUUUUAUCAACUUAUUCAUCAAGGCACACGGUUAAUCCCAUGUGAUUUCUUGAUACCAGUACAUACACACAAUCCAGUUCAAGGUGGCUUACAUCAUGAGAUUCUCCUAUCUAAUUUUUUGGCUCAAACUGAAGCUUUAAUGACUGGUAAAACAAAAGAAGAAGUUCAUAAGGAAUUGUUUGCUGCUGGAGUUACUGGCGACUUAUUAAAUUCACUUGCAUUGCAUAAAAGUUUCAAGGGUAAUCGUCCAUCUAAUUCCAUUGUGUUCACCAAACUGACACCAUAUAUUUUGGGCGCUUUGAUUGCUAUGUAUGAACAUAAGAUAUUUGUUCAAGGAAUUAUAUGGAAUAUUAAUUCUUUUGAUCAAUGGGGUGUGGAGCUGGGAAAAGUGUUAGCCAAGAAAAUUCAACCAGAAUUAACUACCAAUGAGCUGGUUACUAGUCAUGACUCUUCAACAAAUGGACUAAUUGCAUUUAUUAAAAAUCAUCGAAAGUAAAAUCAUGGUUGCCACACGGAAAAAUAAAGAAAACAACCGGAAAAUCUUAAUGAAUUCAAUCGUAAUUAUAAUGACAAUUUUAAUGAAUAAAUUUAAUAUUUAUAUUUGAUUUAAUCAAUUUCUUGAUAGUUAGUAGUAAGACAAUAUUAAAGUAGAAAAUUUUGAUACUAUCAAUAACAAUUACCGUUAUUACUAUCAUUAUUGAACUAUUGUUUAAACUGUCGGCCAAUAACCUUCAUCGGCUCUGUGUAGUUUUCUUUUUUUUUCAUUAGCCAAUAGUUAUAUAUUUGUGAUAUAAAAUGAUCGCAUGAUUACUGAAAUAUUGAUAGUACUAUUCUGAUCUGAAUAAUUUUUAAUUUCUAGUUACUUUGUCUUAUCUGUCACCUUAGUGAGUAGUAUGGUCUCUUGUACUGCUUAUUUUUGGGUUUUGUUUACUAGUUAUACUAUAUACGUUUGAUUGAUUACAUGAGAGUGCAUGAAUAAAUCUUACUCUCAUUUAAUUUGUAUACCUCUCCCUUACUUGAUAUCAAUUUUGGUGAUGAAAUAUAAAAACUUUUAUGAACUAUUGUGUUGAGUUUCAAAUACAGAUCAUUCAGCAAAUGAAAGCUAUCUUCACAGUUGAAUUUACGAGUCGAUCUAAGCUAUACCACUACUAGUCCUGGGUUCGAGUUCCGCGUGUGGGAUUGUGGAUGCACACUAUUGAGGAGUCAUAUACUGGGACGAAACGGCUGUCCAGUUCUUCCAGGUUCCCAGUGAUGAUCUAGCUUAGAUCGACUCGUGAAUUUAACUGUGAAAAUACUGCAAUCUCUACAAACCCCCAUACUGAAAGUUAUCUACUUAAGUUGGCUGGGGGAAAAGCGUAUAUCCAAAAGCUUCAUGUGCAUAGAAAUUCA